GCUACGAUUCUCCUCCCUAUAAGGAUCUUGUGAAUUCCUCGUGAGAUGAGAACUUGGAUAGAAGGAAACCAAGAGACCUCAGAGAAUUCAAUCUUCUAUCAACUUCCAGCAUCUAUACUAGCAUCGUUAGCAUUAUUAAAUUGCUUCCUCAAGAUUCAACACUCACUUUAGCCACAACGUCACUACGCAUUCGCUUAACUACAAUGUGCGACGAAAAAUCUCCCUGCUCCAGCAACGGCGCCUCUUGUGGGUCUGAAAAUGAUUUCCUUCCAACGGAUAAGAAAAUCAUUUGCUGUGAUUGCAGCGAAAUCGACUACUUCGACCAUGCCGGGAAUCCAGACGAUGCCCUAUGCAGACAUUGUGGCCAUAUGAUGUGUUCAGAUUGCAAACCUGAAUAAAUGCAGCGCUCAUUGCCCCGAAGACUCGAGAGAUACAUUAUAUUGUGUAAGAUGAAGAGACCUAGAGAACAUAAGUUAGUUAGACAUCAUAGUGGGAUUGGGUUCAAAAACUUUCGUUCGUUCAUGUGGUUAUUAUAAGGGUUCUUUCAUUUCUUGUUGUUUUAUUUAUGCUUCUGUAUUCGGGAUGUAAAGGCGCCAACAUCUUCAACUCCUAUAUUUCUUGCUUGUCAGAUAUACCUAGGUAGAUAUCACGUUCUUUCUUUCAUAGACCUCGAGG